AUGCUUCGACGUCUCGGCCAGGAAGAUGUUCACGUUGAUAUCAUCUUUGGGUCAAAUGUUGCCAAUGUCGAUAUCUCCGAUGUCCAGAAGGUAGGGUCGGCGAGUCGUUUGGAGGAUGCGAAAGUCACUGAGAUUCUUGAGCGGUUCCUUCCCGGUAAGCAGGCGGAUCUGUUGUCAUACAUUACUCGUCAGUACGGACUGGAUGUUCCCGCCGUUGUCGUUGCUGUUGAGCCCUUGUGUCGUACUAACUGGCUUAGGCUGAGGCGACUUAUUCUGGCAGAGGUGAGGAAAUACACGAAGAUGUUCUUGCAUCAAGCUGAGCAGGGAGAUAACAGUAAUCAUCAAGAUGUAUACGUAGAAGCUUUUGAGGAGGUCUUCUAA